UCCAUCUCUAUCUCCGAUUCCUUCUCCAUCGCCUCUCAUCUCCAUCGACUUCUCCGAAUCCUUCGAUUCCACUGCAAUUCAUCUUCUCCGUCGACGGUGACCCCUGCUUUUUUGCACUUCUUCUGCAAUCAUCUCCAUCUCCAUCUCCAUCGAUUCCUCCAAUUCCUCCAAAUUUUCAAAUGCAAUCCCACGCCAGCGGCUUAAUCCCCAACACCCACUACUUUAACCCCAUUAUGCUGCUGCAAUUCAUCAUCUCCAAAGACCGUGACCGCCACCACCAUCACCACCGCUCAGAGUCCUCUGCAAAGCCCAAGACUGAAGCAGCCACUAAAGCCGCUUCUGUAUCUCCAACAAUAACUGCCGCAGACAGGAAGCAUAAGGGGAGCGUCUUCUCUCGCAAAUGUUUCCCUGAGGAAGAGGCCAAUAAGAUACGCAAGCUGUCCUCUGAACCUGCAUCUUCUUCUGCUCAUGACAAGGCAGCUUCCAAUGGUUACUACGAUGAACAUAAGUCAUCAUCCUCUGCUGCUGCUGCCAAGGCUGUUCCACCGGUGUAAAGAAGAGCAGUAGCAGUGCGAUAGAUUAUGAGUCU